GUCCGACUAGUUCAACCGACCGGUCCGAUCCAAUUUUAAAAACCUUGGAGCCAACAAUUGGUAUUAGAGCAAAGGUUCCAAUUUGAAGGUUUAACCACCUAGAAGUUGAUCGAUGAUGGCUCAAUUUCAAGCUUCUCUACCACUUGCAGAUUUGUCUACCACUAAGCCUCCUUUCUUUGAUGACAUUAAUUAUACUUAUUGGAAGAAUAGAAUGAAGGCCUACAUGCUUGCAAAUGAGCCCAAGGCAUGGGUUGUGACUUUAAAAGGUCCAUAUGUGCCUAUGAAAGUUGUUGGAGAAAGUGAGGUGCCAAAGGAAAAAGUUGAAUGGAAUGAUGAAGACUUGGGGAAGAUCAUGAUCAACAACAAAGCAAUCAACAUGCUUCAAUGUGCUCUCAAUCCAACAGAAUUCCACAGAAUGAAACCAGAGGAGAGCAUUCAAGAUAUGUAUACAAGAUUGAAUGAUAUAGUCACCAAUCUCAAGGCUCUUAGUAAAGUCUAUCCUUCUCAAGAAGUGGUGAGGAAGGUUCUUAAAAGCUUGCUUAAGAAUUGGGAAGCCAAGAAGACUGCAAUUGAAGAGUCUAAGGAUCUCAACACUCUCAAGCUUGAAGAUCUCAUUGGAAAAUUGAUGACAUAUGAGAUAGAAGUUCAAGUUGAUGGUGGAGUUGGAGUAGUUGAGAAGAAGAAGAAGGAUGUUGCAUUCAAGGCUAGCAACCAAAAGGAAAAGAGUUAAGAUGAUGCUAGUGAUGGUGAAAACAUCUCUGCCUUGAUCUCUAAAGAAGUGAGGAGAUUCAUGAAGAAGAACAUCAAAAGCAAGCUUGCAAAAAGGGAUGAAGGAGAGCCUACCAAAAAGAGUGUGAAAUGCUAUGAGUGCAACAAGAUGGGGCACUAUAGAAAUGAAUGUCUCAAAUUGAA